AUCAUACAAAUAGACAUCCUUUAAAGUGGCAGAUUCAUCCUUAAUGCAAGCUUGGAGAAGUAGUUGAAAGUAGCCAACCGUAACAGUACCACAAGAGGACAUACUGGAAACAAAUAUGUUACACAAAGUAAAUGUUCUGAAAAGUGAAUGUUCAUCGAAUUGCGGCGUUGCGUGUCCUGACAAAUACAAUAUUGUUCUCGUCUCCUUCGUUUAGAGAGAACACUCGUAUAUCUUAAAGCAUUGACUAGACACUUAUAUUUUCUCUAAUAACAAAAUUCCCAGAUCCCCAGUUUACUGAAUGAUUGGUCUAACAUACCAGUUACAUAAUGGGUCCUCCUGAGCUGCAAACAGGAAAGUCACAAUAGAUAACAGAAAGGAAUUCCUGUGUUUAACAGGUCGGGACUGAAACCUAAAAUAUUAAUGUGCUUGGUGCUGAGAACAUAAAACUAUACUGAGACUAGUAGAUCUGCCUUUAGGACCAAGUUCAUUACUGACACUAACACUUCAGCAGGGAAUAGGAUGCUCCUAGGUUGUGAUUUCAAAAGAGAGAAAUCUCAUAUGAACGCAUUGUAUUUCCAUGACUGAUUUGACUUUUGGACAACUUGGAGGCUGGAACAGACGUUGUUGACGGCGCAUGAUGUUACGUGUUUCGUCGUUCUUAGCGAUCCUCCUCAUUGUCACUGCUGCGCAAGGUGUUCCCAUGGAGGUGUACACAAAUGGAGCCAAUAAUGUGAUCAAAGACUUGAUAACUUUAGGGGUUGACGCUGAAGAAUGUACAAGUAUAGUGUAUGAAGUGAAGGCAUGCCAAGACCAUGGACUCAGCCUCCUGGACUCCGCCGGUGCAGAGCUGGUUGAGUUUUUGAUUGGUGGCUGGGACAAUGUUAGAUCCAGACUAACAAUCAGGCCAACAAGUGGGCGCAGGGAAGUUGGUACGGAUUCCAUCGUUCGCUGUGACGAAUACAGAUGGUUCUGGGCAUUUUGGGGCAAUGGAAGUAUUUGGUAUGGAAAAGGUAAAACGAUUGGAAGUGACAAAGUCUUUGAUGUAACCGACCCGACAGGUGUCUCUGUCAAAAGAUUUGGCUUGAAGGGCUUCAAUGGAAAACCUCAUCGCAUCCGUCUAGGAGAAACCUGCACAGGAGGAUUUCUCAGAGUCUCUGGCAAAUGGAGCGACGGUCUCAUGAAGGACACAUUCACAGACUACCUAAUCUGCGCGAGGUGGUGUUUUCUACACCCAAACUGUGGAAUGUUCAGCUACAGGGAAAUUCAGGGAAGAUGUGCAUUGUUCGACAGGACAACCUCGUCUUUCAUGCGGACUUCCGAGUCUGACUGGAAAUCAUGGAAAAUGCUGUAUUGCAAUGCUUAAAUUCAAAUCUGCUAACUGUUGUUUCAAACAUAUUGUCAUUUACUGAAAAAAUUCAUUUCACAAAGACAGUUAUCGUCUUUUGGUUUGAUAAACAAAAAACAGGUACAUGUUAUGUGAAGCCGUUGCUAUUUAACGUUAUGAUAUGGCAACACAUUUCUGUUUUAAAAUAUUAAUCUGUUCCCGAAAAUGCUCGAAAAAUAAUUCGUUUUUAGUUUUUCCCCUAAAAUAUUUUUUUCACUGGACAGGCUGUCUGUUAUGAAAAAUAAUGAGUUGUAGGUAAAUACAAUUGUUUGAAUUUGUUGACUUUCAGCAAUGAAUUUUUUCAAAAACAUUCUAGGCUCAGGCCCCUUCAUACACCUCUACCAGAAUAAUAAAUGAUCGAUCCCUAAGCCUUUGAUCCUACAAAAUGAAAAUGAGAAAUGUACAUGUAUUUGAUUGCAUUGUUACUUCUGAUGUAGCAGCAUUGCAAUAGUACGACUCCUACUGCUACCUGAAAUUUCCGUAGCAAGUUAUUUCUCGGUACGUUGUACGGCCUUCAGGUUCAACCUAAAUCCUAGCUUGGGUGUUGAGUUAAAUAGACGUGUUUUGUUGGGGUAGCGCAAAUGAUGAUACAUUGACUCAUGGAUCACCUGUCCUAACCAUUGAGUUAUUUCGCUUGGGAUUCCUGUCAUUUCUACAGAUAUACACAAGCAUGUAAUGAACGUUUUAAACGGUUUCGAAUCAGGGAACACUUCCUAGAGAAAGUUUGCAACGACGGAAAUAUUGACUUCCCAUAUUUAAGGAAACAAGAAGGCGGGGCGGAAAACAAAUAUAAAUGUGGACAAACUGUUUCUAAAUGGUAGGCGAUAUAACAAAAUAAGAUUAUUUUAAUUUUGUCGAUAUCCCUAGGUUUGAAGUGUAUUGUCUAGAACAAAAGUACAUACACAAACAGAAACUCUAGCUGAAUACUUGUUUGGCCAUUAGAAGGAAUAUUAAGACACAUUUUCGUAGAGUUAACUCGAAUUCUCAUGUUUGAAACAUCAAAGAAUGUAUUUAAUCUCCAGUGUCAAGAAGGUAGGGACCAUGCAUAUAUUGGUGUCUCAUAUACACAGCCCGAAGGAUGUACGUAGUCCACUGAUGAAACCUUCGCUAAAAUUAGUUCAGAAUAUAAAAAAAAAUAUUAUCAAAAUAUACCAGAUAAUAUUCAUAAUUGGUGAUAGAAACUCUCGCUCUGGCAAUUUUGCAGAGUACGUACAUGUAGCUAGUGAUAAUGGUAUUAUUACUGAUAAUAUGAUACCCGAGAGCAGCAGAGUACUAAAUUCCGUCACAAGGGACAGAAUCAUAUCGUGUGUUAAAACAAAGCGCCAAGAAUUAAUAAUGUAAUCAAUGAGUAUAUUUGCAUGCACUAUUAAUAUGUUUGAAAAUAUAUAUGUGACACAAAGUGCAUGACGCUGGUAUUUUCCCACAAAAAUGGCUCAAUGGUGUAAUUAAACCAACAGCAAACAAAUAAUCGAUAAAAAGAUCCUGGAAAUCACAGACAUAUGACAUUGCUGAGUUUAUUUUGAAUUUUUUUUCACAUAUAAUAAACAACCGUUUGAGCAAUAAUAUUGAAACAAAUAAGUUUCUAUCCAAAGCUCAUGUAGGUUUCAGAACAGAAAAGAAUACCCAACCACCGAUCAGAUUAUUACUAUAUUAAUCUUUCUGAAUUAUUGAAAAUAUGAAAAAAGAAAUACCAUAGUUCAUUUAUUGACUUUCAAGAAACUUUCAACACCGUUAGGGGUCUGGUCUCUGUUAAAACUAUACUACUGAAAGUUUGCUAAGGAUCAUAUCUUUAAUGCAACAUGGAAUUUUGAUAUAAAGUCAUCUUGGAAUAAAACCCGGCACACAACGAACGGUUGGCCCCUCUGCCACCGUUGUGACUGUUUGUCAUUAAAACCUUGCCCUCUGUUGUUUGAAAGCCUGGCAAGCAUUUAUUGCAAUUACUGAAAACAGAUCUAGAAAUGCCCCCUCAACGUCAACGACGUCGUGUGAGAGUCGGGGAAUUAGCCAGAUGCGUGGGGAUGCUUGGAACUGGGGCAACACAACGUCACGUUGCUGACGUCCUUAAUGUGAGUCAAAGCGUGGUCUGCAGGGCAUGGAAUCGAUAUCAGCUACCCAGCGACAUUGAGGUGGUCGUGAACGUUCCACCAUACAGCGAGAUGACCGGUUUCUCUUGCUCUCAGCUUGUGACGGCAACCAGGCUCAGAAAUGAAUUGCGCCACUGGAGUAAACAUUUGAAAUCAGACAGUCCUUAGUCGCCUGCGGGAGGCUGCAGAUCAUGCAUUCAGGAAGAGCAUGCAUUACCCCGCGUCUCAGGAAAGCACUUUUGGAUUGGGCGAGAGAUCAAGUCAAGAGGACAAUCAGUGAUUGGACAUCCUUACUUUUCACAGACGAGUCACGGUACUGUUUAGACUUCACUGAACGACGUGCUCGGGUGUAGCGUAAAGCAGGAGAGCGAUUUCAUGAUGCUAACGUAGCCGAACAUGACAGAUGGGAAGGUGGCUCAUUAAGGCUUUGGGGUGGAGUCAACCGGGCUGGGAUAACAGAUCUGCAUGUGUUUUAUUGAGGGGCACGAUGAGGUGUGCGAUACAGGGAUGAUAUCUUGGAUGCGUACUUAUGCUGGUGCAGUUGGCCCUGACUUCAUCCUCAUGGACGACAUGGCAUGUCCUCAUCGUACCAGAGUGGUUGAUGCUUACCUUGAACAAGAGACAUUUGUCCGUGUGGAGUGGCCAGCUUGUUCACCAGACCUCAACCCGACUGAACACCUUUGGAACAUGCUUCAGGUGUCAAUCUAACGUAAUUCGUGUAUCCAGGUUACCUCCAAGAACUCGUACCUGCUCUCACCCAAGAGGGAACAAUCUUCCCUUGGCAUCCAUCCAGACGCUGUUUGGAAGCAUGAGACAACGGUUCAAGGGUGCAAUCCCAUCUUGUGGCUCACAUACUCUAUUGACAGUUGUUGUGUAAUGCUCAAUGACCAGUUCUGUGAAUUUAAGAUUUGUUGGUUGGUGUCAUGUUUACUUUUUUAUGGCAGUCUCAACUUACCGGUCGAUUACGUGUUGCUUUGUCAUUUUCGUCAACACAUCCCAGUCAUUUCCUUUCAAAUAAACAUUUAACUGCACUGUUUUGUUAUUUGUCAUUGGGAAUAUUAUUUUCUUAUUCGGAAAAUUCCUCAGCAAUCAUUAAGGAGUAUACUUUAAAUUGGUGUAACUGGGAAAUGCUUCAAGGUCAUAUUUAACAUGUACAAGAAUAUAGAAUCAUGUGUUUCUUGUGUGUAAAUUUGGUGUGAGAUUCUUGAGAGAACUCUUCACGGGGAGGCUUACAGUUGUGUAAAACUGCACCCUUGUGAUUACAAUGACCGUCUCGAAAACUUGAUAGCUGCUUUCGCACUGCUUUAUGCCGACAAUACGGCUCUGUUGUCCCACGU